UUUAUCUUAUUAUUUUUUUCACAAGUCGAAGUAGUACUAGCAGUAUUUGUUGUAUUACAAGAUUGGACAUUGCUUUCUUCCCUACUAUAUAAGCAUGUUUCUCAGCAAACAAAGCUCAGAGAAUCACUAUUGGAAAUCCAAGGCAGCUCAAGAUUGUAAUUGAACCAUCAACUCUGUGUGUUUUUUCAGUUUAUGAACACAGAGGGAGAUUCAACUACAGAAACCCAGCUUGGUUUAUUCAUCUGUUUCUUCUGUCUGUUAUUCUUUCUUGGGGGCGUCUCUGUGUUUGUGUGCGUGGUUGCAGUAUUGCACAAGUCCCGGGAUUAGUUUCAAGAUUCUUUUGGGUUGUCUCUACUAAGAUGGAGGACAAAUUUUAGUUGUCAAAACUGACGUUGGCAAAUGGUUGUUCUGUUCCUGAUCACAGUUUUCAUGAUAGGGAAUUAAAGAUGGUGAUUGCACUGAAGACGAUAUAAACAUGAGGUUUGAUGCAACUCUCUGUUAUUGGCUUUGAAAAUUGUUUACCCAAUUGUCUCAUUAUUGGAUUUCUCAGUUGGGUAAGAGCUGGAUCUGGAAUUGGCAGUGAAGAAUAAUUUUAUCAGCUGGUCUUGCUGAGACAUAUAUAGUUAUCUAAAGUUUCAACGAGUUAAAGCCAGUAUUCAUCCAUGGAUAAUCUGGGUUGGGUUGGCUCACCGGUCAUGACAAACCCGCCGUCGUCGUGGUACAAUCAGCAGCAUGGAAUUGAAGAAGGCUUCAUCCUUUCCAACUCGAGCGGUGGUACCUAUGGCGGCAAGAUGGGCUUCACAGAAAUGUCUGAUCCAACUCAAGAGCUUCACAAAACCCAAAUAUGUUCCGACAGAGUGGGUGAAAUGGCUGGGCAGUUAGCUCCGGCUUUAGACUCGAUUAACGUUGUUUCGAGCCCAAAUUUGUGGCAGCACCAAGAAGCAGGGGUGAGGUUGUCUAGAGCAGAUAGUGUCGUUGCAGAAUCAGGGCCGGGAACCAAAUGGGGAGAGGCUUUAGGUUCUCAUGAAUUGAGUUCUUCAUUGAUGAACAAGCCUUUUGUCAUGAAUCCACUGAGUGGAUUAAUGACAAAUUUUGUCAUGCCAGACCAAUCUAAAGUUGUUAAUGGCUUGCAAGAUGGAAAAGCUGCGGUUUCAACUGCUGGCUCUCUUGAGUCCCUUGACUGCUUGCUAUCGGCUACUAACAGCAACACAAACACAUCGGCGGAAGACGAUGGGAUUUCCAUGAUCUUCUCUGAUUGCAGAAACUUAUGGAGCUUUGGUUCUGGCAGCACUGUAUCAUCUGGAGAGUCCGAAAAUAAAGGCACGAAAAUGAGAAAUGGCAAUGUCCAUUGCCCAAUAAAGGAGCUUGAGGAAACACACACACAAACUUCUUCCAAUCCACAUCUCAACCAUGCAGUCUCUUCAGAAACUAAGCCUACAUUGAUGAAGAGAGGUAACAAUCCAAAUAAGCCCAAAACAAUUGGAGAUUAUCGUUAUUUUAAUCUCCUUCAAUCGGAUUCUUCUAAUACAGAAGGCGGUUUCCGGCUUAUUUCUGAGAAUCCACCAAAAGCAAAGAAACCCAGAUCAGAAAAGAGGCCUAGUUCUUCAUCCAACAUCAAUUUCCAGCAGCCGAGUUCAUCGACAACCUCUGCGGAGGAACCCGAUUCGGAGGCCAUUGCUCAGAUGAAGGAGAUGAUAUAUAGAGCUGCAGCCUUCAGGCCUGUGAAUUUAGGCAUGGAGGUGGUGGAGAAGCCCAAGAGGAAGAAUGUGAGAAUAUCCACUGACCCACAAACUGUGGCUGCAAGGCAAAGGAGGGAGAGAAUAAGUGAGAGGAUAAGAGUUUUGCAAAGGCUAGUUCCUGGCGGGAGCAAGAUGGACACUGCAUCAAUGCUUGAUGAGGCUGCAAACUAUCUAAAGUUCCUCAAGUCACAAGUCAAAGCACUAGAAAGCCUAGGCCACAAGCUUGACACACCAAAUUGUCCCCCCACGAGCCUUCCUUUCUCUUCAGCACCAUUCGGCCACUCAUUUCCCAUGCAAACCCUUUUGCCACACCAAAACCCUAAUCCAAUCCAUGACCCCAAUAGUUGACAGGAAAUAUUUUCCAAGGGAGAGAAAAAAAUAAUAAUAAAAUGCAUGAUCAUAUCUCUCAAAACCCAUAAAAAAUCUCUCAUCCUGGGCCCUUAAUCAUGCUUACCAUCAUUUCAUCACCAAUCGAUCAACCUAAAAGAGCCCAUCUUCUAGACCCUUCCCCCACCCCAAAAAGAAAAACCCAUCACGCAAAUCAUAAUCUUCAUCAUUACAUCUUUGAUCCAGAGUUAACAAAUUCAUAAAAUGAUGGUUACCAUCUGUUACUGAUCUCCAUCAUGAGCAGACCCACCAGCCAGAGGCACUAAAAGUAAUUUUGGGCGGCUUAUGGCCACUACUGUUUUUGCUGUUUCUGCCAUCUCGUUAUGUCUCGACAGUGGUUAAUGAAAAUAGUACUGGAGGAAGCAAAAACAAAGGUUGAAAUAGCUUGGAUAAACAAAACAGAACCUUUUAACUUGAAAAGCCUAGCCUAGGCAAUUAUAACACUAUGAUUAAGAUCAAGGGGCUACAAAGUGGUUACUACUUUGUCUAAUUUAGUAAUUCUUUAAUGUCAUUCUCUGUACUUCCGAGCUCAAUUUCCUUGGAGAUUUUUAUGUUUUUCUUAUCUUUUCUUUUCUUUUUAAAUGUAACUAGUUAGAAAACCAAUGCAAUAGACAUUCUCCUA